AUGGCUACUCAAGCAGACUCUCAGUUAGCAGCUAAGCUUCAUAGCUGGUGUAGUGAAGCAUGCUUAGACCCAAACCAUGCUUUUGUCCUGUUUGACGUGCCGACUAAUACUGACCAAGCAGACAUUGAAGAGACUGUUCAGACAGUAAAGGCACUUGGGAGAGUAAAGGUACGGGACGUCCAAAGUGACAUUCAGACUGGCAGCAACCUGGUACUCUGUGAAUGCCGUGAAGUUGUACAGCCAGAUCGCAUUCCCCCCCAACUGCAGCCAGUGAAGGGAGGCUCAGAAUGGAAAAUUUUCCUCUUCAAUGAACCUGUGAGCCCAGCUGAAGAUUUUUUAGCUAAGCUAAACAAACUAAUGACUGAUGAAGGAAAAUCAGUAAAUGAUGUUCAAGCCAUGCUGACUACAGAGACUCCACAAGGAAGCUCCCCAGAGUCCAUCAUCCGAGCAGUGGGAGACCUGUUGGGAAAAACGAUGAGACCUACCAGUGAGAACAAUGCAUUUCGACGUCUGCGGAUGUUCUCUGGAAACCUUCCCACACCGCCAGGAGAGGAGAGCCUUGACCAUUGGCUCGAACAAGCCUAUCUAAUGAUUGAAGAAUGUGACUGCUCUGAACGUGAGAAACGAAAGAGAAUAGUCGAGAGCUUAAAGGGGCCGGCCCUGGAAAUAAUUCAGGCUGUACGACUAAACGACCCAGAUGCUAGCCCUGACUGCUAUGUAAAGGCCUUGGAAAGUGCCUUUGGCACGCCUGUGUCAGGAGAAGACAUAUUUUGCCUUCAGGAGCCUUCACCAACAGUCUGGUGA